UGGAGGCACGCGACACGGACAACGUCAGUGGAAUGCGGGGCAUAUGAGGCACUGGCAUUGACUGGGGAGGUUUCACACGUGACUGGAGCAACGGCACGCAGCACUCGGUAUGGGCCUGUGUCCCGAGACAGGAGUUUUUCUGACAGCCCAACGUGUAGGGUCGAGGACCACAGCGGUACCGGCGAUCCAGUUGACCGGCAAGUUCAAGUCUAUAACUUGAAGUGGAAGAUCGGCAAGCUGGAGAACAAGCUUAAGGUUUUCUUGAGCAACAACUUUAAGCACAAGAGGCGGAUGGAGACAACCAACCGUGUCGACUACAGUUAACCAACAUUGGGCAUGCCAUAGCAGCGGGAAUAGGUUGCACACUUUUUGCUAUAGCAGUGUGCAGACGGAUGCGUUUGUGUUACUUUCCAAGCCUUCGAAGUCACAAUACCUCUCAUCGCAUAAUCAUUUCUGCAAAAUUUUUUUGCACACGAAGCACAACACGUUAAAGUAUGAAGAAAGACUAAUGGCGUGUCGUGGCCAAAAGAUGCAAUCAAAUGGCACAAAUGUGAACAAAACGCUGAUCACAAAAGACAGAACACCUCCAGUAGAUGAAAACUAACAAACAAAAGUAAACAAGAAAAGCUGCAAAAACGUGGACGUCACUUCGUUCCCUAAUCGUAACGGAGGCAUCGGCGUGCACACAUUGGGCACCCUACGCCUACUUAUGAGAGUGUAGAAAGUGUCAACUCGCACAGAAAAGUGGUCAAAGCAAGCAAACAUCCUUCAUAUGACUAUAAAAAAGCUGUUUUGACCUACAAACCACGCCAGGCAAGUCAAGCAGUGCAAUAGUUUCUAUUUACUAGCUAGGUUACGCCCGAUAUAUGUAAGUAGUCGUUGUACAGAUGUAGGCUACAGUUCGUGGGAACAAUGACCAGCAAUAUAAAGUGUACAGUAGAGGCCGCGUUGAGCAGCAAAGAACGAGCAGGAAAGCAGUCGCUGGUGGCGUAUGUGCUAUGUUAUUGCAGAAGUCAGUGAAGAGGCAGGCAAACAAACAAACAAGAAAAAGACAAGUACGCGUAUUUCUACCCAAAUCGUCGGUCUUGGAACUCACAAGUGCGGACUACCACUUGUGCACGUGCUAAGUAGUGUCGUCAGACUAACUUAUCGGCGUGAAUAUGUCAUCUCAAUGGCGGUGCAUUCCUGACAUGGGACCUCUUCGAUAACCGAAGCAGACGGGACUGUAUUAGGGUAACAAGAAAGACGGCGGUUAUUUCAGGCCAAUUGGGUCACUAGCGAAACGCUGUCGAAAGGAGAAGUUGGAGCAAGAGAAGAGAGCAAAAUGGCCGCGCACACCUUCGUCGCAAUGGACUACCUAGUGCUCAUUUCUUUACUCGUGAUGUCGAGUGGGAUCGGCGUCUACUUCGCCUGGCACGACCGCCGAAAGAACUCAAACAGACAGUUCCUGGUAGCCAACAGAGAGAUGAGCUGGUUGCCGGUGUCUAUGUCGAUGAUGGCGAGCUUCCUCUCGACAACCACAGUCCUCGGCGUGCCCUCAGAGGUGUUUGUGCGCGGUGUAACAUUCUGGAUGGCUGCCAUAUCUACCACUUUAGCGAUUCUCAUGGCUGCGUUCAUUUUCAUGCCCAUGUACUACAAGAUGAACAUCACCAGCAUUAACGAGUAUCUUGAGAAGAGGUACACGUCACGGGCCAUCCGAAAGAUCGGGUCAAUAAUCUUCAUUGUGCACACGAUGUUCUACCUGGGUGUUGCGUUAUACGGUCCUUCACUGGCUCUGGGAUCUAUGACCGGUCUUCCAGUGUGGUCUUCCAUACUCUUGAAUGGCGCCGUCUGCACGUUCUAUACCUCCAUAGGUGGUAUCAAGGCCGUGGUGUGGACUGACGUCGUCCAAGCAUUUCUGAUAUACAUCGCAUACAUCAUGGUCAUCGCAUGUGGCCUGCAUCACCUGGGAGGCUUCGGCGUCAUGUGGCAAAAUGCGAGGAAUGGAGGCCGCUUGACACUCAAUUUCGACACAAGCCCGUACGAGACGUACACAACGUGGACCAUGGUUAUCGGCUUUACCGUCACCUGGAUGGGCAUGUACUGCGCCAGUCAGACACAGGCGCAGCGCUACACUAGUAUCGGAUCACUGAAGGGCGCCCGCAAAGCUCUUAUGCUGAACAUUCCGGGCAUGGCGCUUAACGUGACCAUGGCUGUGCUGUCGGGGCUGACCAUAUACGCCGUGUACGGGAAUUGCGAUCCGAGGCUCACGGGCGAAAUCCACAAGGCAGAUCAGCUCAUGCCGUAUAUAGUGCAAGAUCUGCUCCACGAGUACCCCGGCCUCAGCGGUUUGAUGGCGGCGGCUGUCUACAGCAGCUCUCUCAGCACGCUUUCAUCCGGGUACAACGCCCUAGCGGCUGUGACGUGGGAGGACUUCCUGCGCCCUUGGCUAAAAACCUCUGAAUCAUCUGCUCUGCGGAUAACUAAGUUGACAGCUGCCACGUACGGAAUUCUUUCGAUUUCUAUCGCAUUUCUUGUCGGAACUAUGGAAUCCAUCAUGCAGGCUGUCUCAUCCCUUGGAGGAGCCCUGACUGGUCCGCAGGUGGCCAUCUUUCUCUUGGGCUUGCUUUUUCCCUGCGUCAAGAAAAAGGGCGUCUUCGCUGGAACCGUGGCAGCGCUAAUGUUUACCGGCUGGAUGGCCCUGGGAUCCAUACUGUACCCGCAUAAACACCAAAAUCUGCCGACGACGACGGCGGGAUGCUUGCAUUUCAACGAGACCAUCACAUCCGGAUCGUACGACCCACUUCCCCGGCCGAGUGGAGUCUACCAGUUCUACCACGUCUCUUUCAUGUGGUUUGCUUUCAUUGGAUUCACUGUGCACGUGACCGUCUCUGUGACUGUAAGCCUACUUUUCGAAUGGAGUGAAGCGGACGACGUAGAUCCCGCGUACGUCUUUCCGCUCGUUCGGAAGUUCAUGCGAAACAAGGCACUUAAGAGGAGCGACGACCCCAUCCAGUUCAAGGAGCCCUUGCCUGUGAAUGAAGCAUCACCGAAGGAGCUCAUAGCCCUGAUUUCAGAGGCCAAUCAUCACACUUAAGCAGCACCUAGUAAAAAGGUCACCUUGGAAAGCCACAUUUCACCUCAGUUCGAGGCAAGAAGUGGACUAAUCAGGAGGCUGAAAAAAAUUCUAGUCAUUUGGGCAGUUGAAUCUAUAUUUAGACGUAUGUUUCACAAACGGAGUUAGAAGAAUGUAAAAACGCAACGUAUAAGCUAAAUACUUUUGUAUUGUGGACAUUGUAUGCAAAUUUAACGAUGCAAUAGCCCUUUCGUACCGGUGGGCUAAGUUUGACAGUCUAAGCCGCCAUUUGGUGUGCUUGUAGAGCCUCUUUCACAGUAUAUAUCUUGUCAGCGCACGUAGGGAAAAGCCACUAUGCGAAGAAACGCAAGAAGAGGGCGGAAUAUUUUUCUUCUACAUAUAUGAUGACCUCCAUGAAAGACUGAAGGACGUUGUAGACAAUCUCAUGAAGAUAUUCUCAAGGACAUCAAGCAAUACGUUACGCUUCGCAUUAUAGCCGCGAUCAGGACCAUUUCAUCUGCUCCGUGUUGCCAGACUCGCCGCUGUCUGCACAAAGCGGGAAAGUUGCGCACCAUCUUCAAUGAGCAAGCUAGCGUGUAUGCUGAGCCCAUUUUGGUUACAACAAGUAGUUUAGCCUGCAGGCGGUGUAGUCUGGUGAUCUGGCAGGAAUAAUUAGGGACUAUUGAAAGCAUCCCAAAAUGGCAGCGAAUAGACUGCUUUGUCAGUUGGGAAUCCUUAGGCAGGCUAUGUCGUGCUGCAUCAAGACGAAGAUGUGCUUGUGUCCCCGGCCUGCUGUCCCGCCUCAGAAGUGGCCUCUCAUGUGACUGGACCGCUGUGAUGUCCAUGGCCAGCUGUCCUGCUGCUCAAUGGGAUCGGGCUGGUGGUGAGGUCGUGCUACCCGCGAUGUGAUUAAUGCGUUUUGCCGAGCUUGCACUGAAACGACGACGGACCGUUUUCUGAUGGCCAACGACUUUCCACGGAACAGCGUGCAUGACAACGAGCAUCGCCAUCGCUGCUGGCACAAAGCACGGCAGUUGGCCUUCGGUGCCAAUGACGACAAAGGCGUGCAUAAAAUGCAUGCGCCAAGCUCGUAUUGGGAACGUGCUACAGAACACAGUGCCACUCGUUUAUACUUUUAUAGUUAUACAGUUUAUAAUUCUUAUCUCGUCCAUGUCUCGUAUUUUAGUCGUUCACUCGAUAAAGUUGUGUUUGUUUC